UGUGUGUGUGUGUGUGUGUGUGUGUGUGUGUCAUAUCCAGGUUGUAUUCUGCAGUGAUGUUGCAGGAGCAACCAUAGGAGCCAUUGAAACUUACACACACACACACACACACACACACACACACACACACUGAUCAUUUCUGUGCAUGAACUGGCACCUUUGCAUUUCCGCACUCAUGCACAUAACUGCAGUUGUGUGUGCGUGCGUGUGUGCGCGUGUGUGCGCGCAUGCUCCCAUGUGUGUUUGUAUUCCUUAAUGACUUUCUAAUUCAGGGCCAGCAGGAACCUGCCUUUAUCUCUAUUAGUUUAGUAUCCGAGCAAACAAAGAGAGUCUGUGUGUGUGGCAGCCAGCCAGACGAAGACUCAACCGUAAAAGCACUUGUCCAUCUGCGUUUCCUUCUCUUCCUCCUCCUCCUCCUCCUCCUCCUUCUCCUCUCUGGGUGUGAAACUCUCCCUCCUGUCUGUCAUUAAAAUAAAGAAACAUCUUUAUUGGAGGCCCGGCGUUUGCUCACUUUAUCAGGAGGUAUCGAUUGCUCCACAAACCCAUCAGGUGUGAACAGACAAAGUGUGGAUCAGGGGAGGAAUGUGUGUGUGUUCAGGGCCUGAAAUCAUAUUAAAAAGACAUUUUUGAGAAAAUCUUUGACACAGAAAGUGUGACCUCACUGUUCCAACCUAUUCUGAUAUUCAACUCAUCUGUCUCUGGGACAGCAGUCCAAGAACUUUUUAGUGAACUACAGUGAGGCUGAAAGACCAAGUGCUCAGGGAAAUCUGUAUGACUUUUGCUUAAAAAUCGCUCUGCAAAAACAAUUAGUGAGAUGUCUCAUACUGGCCUGAUCGAGGAUUUCAGCUGCUCAACAGUUCAGGGUCUCCUUUGUGUUCCAUUUGGCAUUUCUGGAUGCAGUAAUGAACUGAGUUCACACACAAUGGUUUUUUAAGUAUUUUUGAGCCAAUGCAGUGACUUCCACUCCAGAGUCCUGUCUGUUUUUAUUGCAGUGCUGCCUGAGGGCCGGGACCAUCCAGACUUGGUUUUGGUCCUUGUCCUUUUAGUACAGAGAUUUCUCCACAUUCUCUGAAUCUUUGAAUGAUAUAAUGUUCUGCAGAUGAUGAAAUCUACUCAUUCUUUCACAUUUGACGCUCAGGAACAUUAUUCUGCAACUGUUCUCUCUAUUAGCUCACACAGUCUCUCAGAGUGGUGAACCUCUUCAGCCUCUCUGAAUGUCCUUUUUAGACCCAGUCAUGUUACUAACCUGUGCCUGCUAUAUGUGCAUGUUCUUCUUUUUGCUCACUGACAGGAAGGAGUUUCAGUGUGUGUGUGUGUGUGUGUGUGUGUGUGUGUGUGUGUGUGUGUGUGUGUGUGCAUGUGUGUUUUUUUUGUGUCUGUUGACACUUUCGCUCUGCUGUAAGGUGUCACUGUUGUCCCUGAUUCUCUCCCUCUAGAAGGUAGUGGCUGUAAACUUUGACCUCCUACCACACACACACACACACACACACACACGCAAACCUCCCCACUAGCAGAAGGUUGUUCUCCACAUGCCCACCUCUCACCCAUCCAGCCUCCCCACAUCCUUCCCCUCCACCUCCUCACCUACCCCUGGUGUUGGCAAAGGCGUGUGUGUGUGUGUGUGUGUGUGUGUGUGUGUGUGUGUGUGUGUGUGUGUGUGUGUGUGUGUGUGUGUGUGUGUCAGGCGGGCUGCUGCGUGGUGAGCAUGCCCUCUGUCAUUCACGCAGAGCAGCCCUGUCCAACUGUCACUUCCUGACAGGCUGAUAAUCAAUCUCUUUAUUAACUGCUCUGCUGCAGACCGCCGCCACUGAGGGAGUGGAGGGGGGAGGAGAGGAGGGAGGAGACAGGAGCAUACUGCUGCUCAGAAAGUUAGUUUUUGUUGCAGAAACAGUUUGUGUCAGGCAGGUGAAGAGGGUUAAAUCAGUGUAUGUGGGCAGGGAUCAUCAGGAUUCAGGUGAUCGGGUGUUUGAGCUGAAGGUCACAGGUAGGAGACAGAAGAUUUAGUUUUUUAAUCUAGACAGAGUGAGGACUGUGUUUUUGUGGACCCACUUUAACAGACCAGGCAGGGGAUCAGUUAGAUUCCGAGACACCCCUUUAGUUGUCUCAGUAUCAGCAGAACUGGAGACAAACCUGAAUCACCACCACGACAGACAAGACCUCUCAAGGGGGGCCUUCAUAAUCGUCCUGAUGACUUUAUGAAUCUGUCAGGGAAUACUCCAGUGUGAACUCUGGUGUUGAGUGAUUCUGCACACUGACGGACAUUGAAUGGAUUUCCCUUUGGGGGUAAAUAAAGGUCUUGUAUUUUAAAUGGAGUAACAGCAUCCUGUGGAUGCUGCACAUGUAAGAGCAUCCCCUCAAAGACUGAUGGUGAUCUUCAGAUCUCUUCAUAAUCGGGGUCUUCAUAAUCGUCCUGAUGACUUUAUGAAUCUGUCAGGGAAUACUACAGUGUGAACUCUGGUGUUGAGUGAUUCUGCACACUGACGGACAUUGAAUGGAUUUCCCUUUGGGGGUAAAUAAAGGUCUUGUAUUUUAAAUGGAGUAACAGCAUCCUGUGGAUGCUGCACAUGUAAGAGCAUCCCCUCAAAGACUGAUGGUGAUCUUCAGAUCUCUUCCGCGUGACCGCCUGUUGUUGAAGAAGGAUAUGUGUUUGAAUGUGUAAGAGGAUUUCCUGGCGUGCCUCAUGAUGUGCCACUUCCCCCUCUGCUCACUUUAACUGAUCCUUUUAAACUCUCAGGGUCAGGGUCUGUUUCUGAGUCUGUAGAGACCAAGAUCAGAGUAAGGAUGAGGAGAUCUGCUGCAGCUGCUUUUGUGAUGAUGGUCUCUUCACUAGCAAUGACCACGCCACAAUGAUAUAAGUUUGAAUAUUUAAUACAAAUUCAGGAGUGUGUAUAUCUUGUCUGCUGUGUGUAUGUUGUGAUGGAUAAUGACGUUGAUGAGGAGUCUGGUUGGUCUGGGAGGUUCUGUAGAGGCCCGGCAGUAAGAGACUCAGGAUGGGGGUUCCGUCUCAGGCAUAGCUCUGCCCAAGCUUAGUCCGACCCAGACUAUAUCGGAAAUGAAGUGAGAUCAGAGAGAGGCAGAAGUAGAGAGAUGGUAGAAGCGUUAAUGUUAAAGGGAGAGAGAGGGAGGGUGGGUCAGAGAAUUACAGACAAACGUGGUGUAGUGGGCUGACUGUGUAUAAAUAUGCUAGUCAGGUGAUUGAAGGUGUAGUGAGGUGUGGUCCUGCUCCUGAACUUUAGUUAAUACAUUAACUUCAUUUCACUAGCAAUGACCACGCCACAACGAUAUAAGUUUGAAUAUUUAAUACAAAUUCAGUGUAUAUCAUGUCUGAUGUGUUUAUGUUGUGAUGGAUAAUGACAUUGAUGAGGAGUGUUGCAAGUCUGGUUGGUCUGGGAGGUUCUGUAGAGGCCCAGCAGUGAGAGACUCAGGAUGGGGUUCCGUCUCAGGCGUAGCUCUGCCCAAGCUUAAUCCGACCCCCAAAGAGUUAUAAUGAAAGGAAGCUUAAUUGAGUGUGGCCUGACACAGAUCGUGGAGAUUAUUUUGAAUGUAGGAGAGGUAUGCCUGAGAUGACCAUUGUCCAAGGGUUUGAAUUGUUCGAUCUGAUAUGCCAAGCCUGGCUGCUGUUGAUGCUGCGCCGAUGUGGAAUGAAUGUGCUGAGUAUUGCUCUGAUGUUAUGCCUGACAUGAGGAGGACUUGAUGCAGGUGUUUAUGGAACUGGAAUCGUGUAGCCAUUUUUUUCGUUUUCAGUAAGGAAAAGAGGGUCGUGAGGUGAUGCUUGAGCUGCAUACCUGGAGUUGAUGUAUUUGGUGAGUGAUUCGAAUGGACUGAGGUAGGAAUUUAAGCGGAAGACGUAACUGGUAAAGAGAUCCCGAGCUGAUCUGUUUUUCUAUGUUGGAGCGUGAAUAUGAGAGAAUCUGAAGUGUGAACUGCGAUGUCUGAUAGUCUGGGAUGAAAGGAUGGAUUGAAGACGGAAGAGGUCGGAGCGAAUUUGGAGCAUCUGAGGAAACUAAAGAAGGCAAGCAGGAACAUUGAUUCUAGUGUAGAAUCAACCGUUGGAGAUGAGUAGCCUGAACGUAGGGUACGAAUGCAGAGGCUGAGUAAGUUGGAGGUGAGUGGUAGGCACUUAAUGGGGAUAGUAGGUUCCUGUUUUCUUAAACCCUCGGUUAGCAUGGUGACGUGAGAGUGGGAGAUGGCAGUGCGUUGAGCGCCGGUGAUGACUUUGAGGAAGAAAUUGAUGCCAGCAAGGUAGGUUUGAAUGGUCGAGGAUCGGAUAUUUUGGAUGGUGUGGGUAUGAGUUAUAAAAUUGCGGAUGGAUACGAUGUCCAGAGAUGGGAAGGGCAACUGGUAUGCGGAGUGGUAGGACUUGAAGCAGUUCCAGCCUGUCGGGUAAGCAGAUUGAGUGCUGGGAGCAAGACUGUUGAGAAUUACAUCUGGUGAGGCAUGAGUGAGGUUUAUUAGCUGGGGAGUUAUUUGAAAGUUGUGGGUGAAAACGGUGGGACUGGUGAGGGAUGCGGAUCUGACUCUGGGGCCAGAUGCCUGAAUUUUAUUCAUGCUCCCAAAGUAAGGUAGUAAUGAGAGUCCGUACAGGGCAAAUGAAGGAGACUGGGAUUCUGUGUUAAGGUCUUUUAGCUCUAGAGGCUAAUUGGAAGCGAUCCAUCUUUCCCUGUGGUAACCUCCGAAACCUAUGGAGGGAGCUGCAUCUGUGAGCGGCUGAAUUUCUUCUGGUUGGUUAUAAAUCAUCACGUGUGUCUCGAUUUUGCAUGCCUCGUUCGGGACCACUAUGCUGUGUAAGGAGGGAACAGCUGCAGCUUUCAUCAGGAGAUUAGUUAGGCAAAGAUUUUGCUUGUGGGAUGAUACGGAUGGUGUAGUUGAGGUGGCUAAGGGGGGGCAUUAACUGGUGUUUGGUGCUUCUAUCUUAACGGGUGAGCUGAGGUGCUGUGCUAGUCAGCUGACAGGUAUUGUUGGGUCGUGUAGGCAUGUGCUCCUGACGUCAGCACUUCCACGGAAAGAGAAGACAUGUAGGAGGCAACUGUUGGAGAGGAUGUGGCCGAGGUGAUGAGGUUAUUGCACGCCAUCCUUCCGUCUUGGUAAAGGAUGGGCCUUUCUUUCUUGUCAACCCUUUUUAGCGAACGAGCUGGAGGAACGCUGAUGAUGCAUGCUAUGGCUAAGUGGGAGGGGGCUACUCAUAACUCGUGGAGAGGGAAGUGCGGGCGGCAGGAUUUUGCAAUACAGGGCGUAGACGAGUAUGCCCCAGUAUGUAUUCUGGUUAAACCGCUAGAUGUGGCCGGCUGCCUGGUUUGCGAAGUGUAUGUGGUAACUGUGAAGGCCGGUGUCACCAAAACGCUGGGCCCUGCCUGGGAUUAUGGAAGAAUGAUUGUCAAGCUCGGACCUGCAAGAUGGAAAAAAUAAACGGACCAGGUUGCAGAAGGGUGAAAAUGUUAAAGUGAAUUCUACUGGUGUUAGGUCUUUGGACCUGGGUGGAAGUAGGUCACGGAGUUGAACUGGACCAAAAUUGGUUUGCAAUUCCUUCAGUUGUUUUGGGUCGAUUGUGGAUGAUGGAGUAGCUGCGCUAGGUCUAUGUAAUUACCAGUGAGAAUUUGUUGGCAUAGUGCUAGUGAGAUGUAAAAAGGAUGGGUAAUGGAUGAGGCUGGUUGGAUAGGUGGAGCAAGCAGCUGUGGUUAAUGUGUAAUUGUGUACAGGAUUUGGAAAUACAUUUGGGUGUUGGGGAAGGGAGGGGGUGGGAAAGGGGACGGAGGGUUGACGGAAUAGAUAAACAGGAAAUGGGGAAGGUUGAGGAUAGCCAGUAUAGGAGUUGGUAGAGGGCUCUAUAGAGAGCUGAGGAACUGGAUAUGGUGGGAAGAGAGGGAACGGAAGCCGUAUUACUGUAUGUGGCUGAAGAAAGGGAAGAGGAGGGGAUGUUGGGAAGGAAGGAUGUAUGUGCACGGGGAUUUGGUGCAGCCUGCGAACGUAGGAAAGUGAAGAUGCUACGAUAGCUUGGGAGGAGUCAGACACGGUUAAAUAGGUGGAGAGGCUGUGGCUCAUCUGUAAUUAUGUAAAAGAGAUGGAAAUAUAUUUGGGUGUUGGGGAAGGAUGGGGGUGGUGGGAGGGAGGGUUGAUAGGAUAGCUCAGUGGGAAAUGGAGGAGGUUGAGGAUAGCCAGUGUUAUGAACAUAGACUGUAUAUACCAUAGACAACUUGGUUCUGCCUUCCGCCAGUGUAUGGAUUUGAAGCUGAAUUGCCCUCUGUAUUGCCGUGGUUUUUCUCCAUAUCCUGAAACCGACAUUGCGCAGUAGCAUUGCACGCAUUCGGCAGGAGAGUCGCCAAGAGUCACUGUGAUGACCCUUGGCUCAAACAGUGUAUCCCCCGGGUGAGCUACGCAAUCUUCGUACGCCCAUAGGCUGUAUCAAGUGUCAAUCAUAGAAAACAUUAACCCCCUAAAAACUUUUAAAAAUGGAGCUAUACAGGAAAAAGAGGAUUUGAGCGCAAACCAGUCUGACAUUAACUACAUAUCAACAUCAUGACCGGGGGGAAAAACAUUUAUAUUCUGUGUAAUAAAUUUCUGAAGUUGUCCACGGCUCCAUAAGCUUUGCUGGAGGAGGCGGGAUUUAUGGCCUAUACUGCAGCCUGUCACCAGAGUGUUGUUGUUCUCGAAAUGGUUUACCCAGUAAGGAGGCGGACGGUGUCCAUUCUGUAUAUGGUCUAUGGUUAUGAAUUGGUGGAGGGGCUCUUUGAAAGGCUGAGGAACUGGCUAUGAUGGGAAGAGGGGGAACAGAAGCCAUAUUACUGUUUGAGACUGAAGGAAGAGAGGAGAAAGGGAUGUUGGGAUGAAAGGAUGUAUGUGCAAGGGAAUUUUGCGCAGCCUGCAAACACAGGGAAGUGAAGAAAGCUGUGAUAGUUUGAGAAGUCAGACACAGAGAGAGCAGGCGCAGGGGGUGAUACGACCAGGGGCCUCAUGUAUCAACGCUUGCGGCGCAAGAAAACCUUGCGUACACCAAAAUCGGCGCACACGUCCAGAUUUAUCAUCGCGAAACGAGCGUCGGUUCCAGCGCUAAUCAACGCAAAGUCAGGAGGUGGUGUAGAAAUUGGCGUUGAGCGGAUACUUGCGUUGACUGUGAUUCGCACUUUGGCGACGCUGUGUGGCGGUGUUUGGUGACUCACUAUGUGACAAGCGUGCACCACAUCCCCGUGGCCGAGCAGCACGUCGCCCCACAUGACGAACCAGCAGCAGACGGAGGGAUGCGAGCUGAUCCCUGCCGGGCCGCCGUCCUCGCGCGGGAGAAUCUCAUCGCCAGUGUGAAUGGGUAAGAAGUGAAUACACAGUUCAAUGAGCCAAAUUAAUUUAUUUUCUCCACCAGACGCUCGAGGACAUUUACGAGCCGGUCCAGCUGCUCGUUGAUCCCCGCGAUCCCCCUGAUGAUUUCUUCCUGCGAUUGCAGGACCCCCUUCGCGAGGACCCUUCCACUGCGUCCGGGUGGUCCAGCGGAAGCGCCGCGGCUGGUGGACGCUCCACCGCUUGUCGGCGCGCUGAUGCUGGUGCUGGUGUUGGUGCUGGUGCUGGGGCCGGGGGCCGGGGUGGCCCGAAUGCCGCUGGUCCUGGCCGACGACUCCGAGCCGGCGGACGGGCUGCUGCGGACCGGGGUUCCGCAAGCCGGCGACACGGCCGACAUAUUGAUUUCUGUGACACAAUAAAAAUAUUUGUUCAUUUCAAUUCCUGCUUCUGUGUAUCUGUUGCGUUUACAUCUCUCUCCAUGGUAUCAUAGGUAAUGUAAUCCAGUAUUUAGAGGUCAGUUAUGCACAUUACCAUUGUUUAUUGCAUAAAAAGUUAUCGAAAAAUGAAGUUAAGGGCGAAGUAUAAAUCACGUCUAAAAAUAGACUGAAUCCUGAUGUUGAAAUGAAGUAUAAACUUAGACUAGACGUCUAAUAUACGUCUUUUGCUCAGUGGGAUGACAAAGCAUGUGGACAUUUGUGUGACACGCCACUUACCCUAUAAUAAUAAUCGCCACCACCCGCUGCUCAAACGGUGUGAGGGUCUCCUCCCCCGGAACCCCACCUGUCUGGCCAGUACUCCUCCGGAGGGCAGCUGUACGCCGCUUGACCUCCACCUUGAGGUCCGACCACUUUUUUUUAAUCUCCGUGGGGGUGCGUGUCUCGGAACCCACCGCAUUCACCCUCUCGCAAACUUUCUCCCACUCCAAGCGUUUUUGUUUUGCACUGACGCCACUGGACAGGCUGCCAAACAAAACACGCUGUCGCUCCUCCACCUCCGCCACAAGCACCUCCACCUCGCACACCGUAAAUUUAGUUUUUCUUGUCAUUUUGUCUGCGUGCGAGGACAGGGAGACCCUAUUUAAAUAAAUCUGCAUAUUUAUAGGAGGGCGUAACGGGGACGGGCCCAGUCGCUCUGACAUCUGCGCUCAAUUCCACGCUGAUUGGGAUUUAUCAAGGAAACACACGUGGAUUUCGGCGCCCGCACACAUUGAUACAUACGGAUUUUUUUCAGCGUUACGGACCUUGCGUGCGCUCGUUUCUGGUAUGAGUUCCACGCAAGUAUUGAUACAUGAGGCCCCUGAUCUCUACCAGGGAGAGCUGAUAAGACAGGUGGCAGUUGAGGGAGCUGCUCAGUGACGUCAUGCAUGAUGUUUCUGGCAUUGAUUGGCUCUGGCGGGGAUGCAGGAAUCGUGGAAUUUUUAGCCGCUGUAGCUGAGUUGUUGUGGGGGAAUUGUAGUGCGGGAAUAGCCUUGCUUUGCUGUCGCUGCGGUGAGAUGGAAUGCCUCUUGUCUUCAGGGAUCGACGGCGGCGGGUGACGUGGCAUGUUAGAUUGCCUGUGGCUAAUCGGUGAGAGUGGCGUGGUGGAGAGCAGAUUAGGUUGUUGAGAUUGCAGCUCCUUUGGUCUGCGAUCUUCUUGGUGGGAAUGAGGCCGGGGAUCUGAUAGGAACCAUUGGGAUGAUGUUUCAGGGAGCGAAUGGAGUGCGAGCAGCUCCGCUGUGACGCAUGGCUGUGGUUUGAUAGCUGCUCUCCAGUGAAGGAUAACUGGCUUGGAACAGUUCUUUGUACAGAUCCUCAUCUGAGUCAUGCAGUUGGAGUUCCAUGGUGAGUGGCUGAUUUUACUUGUUUCUGUCUGUGUUCCUCAGAGAAUUGCAGACAAACGGAGUGUAGUGGGCUGGCUGUGUAUAAAUAUGCUAGUCAGGUGAUUGAAGGUGUGGUGAGGUGUGGUCCUGCUCCUGAACCUUAGUUAAUACAUUAACUUUAUUCCUGAUAGUAUCACACAGUCACCAUGGGGAUAAUUUAUGAGGCGGGAAACUAAAUUAGUGAUUAUGGCGACCAUCAGCCAGCCAGGAGUCAGCACUCCACCCAUCUCCUGCUCUAAGAUUUUCAUCCACACUUGUUUUUCAUUCCUCUUCCCUCUCUCUGCUCAGAUUUUUACUUCAUUCAAGAGUUGCUUCUAAAGUUUUAAUGUUAUUUCUGUCGGCUGAAACGACAAAGAAGCAACAUAACUUCAGAAACUUCAGACUGUUCUGUCUCUAAAAGAUCCAAUGGGUCAUCAGUCAGGUUAAGAUUCAGAGUCAUGAUAAUCGAGUCAAACUCCACAAAUGCAUUCAAUUUAAUCAAAGCCUUCACCCCGACAAUAAUAAAUGAGAGAAAAUUCUGUUUAUUUGUUAUAAUUAACCUUCUGUUUUCACAUAUUUCUUCAGCUGUGUGUGUGUGUGUGUGUGUGUGUGUGUGUGUGUGUCUGUGUGUGUGUGUGUGUGUGUGUGUGUGUGUGUGUGUGUUCUAUCUUCAGGAUGAGUUUCUAUCAGAGACUCAGACAAGGCUUCAGUCAGAGAUCGUCCAGCGCUGCAUCGCCAACGCCAGAUGCUCUGACAUCAACACAGAAACCUCCACAACCUUACCUGCAGAUGCUAAGGGACAAGGAGACAAUGCAACUACAACAUAAGCUUACAUAAGCUGUGAUAUCCUCUGCACUUUUAUUUUAACCUUUUUAACUGUAUGAAAAUGUGUGUCUUUGUGUCGAUUAUUGGAGAGCAGAAACUAAAUGAUUCUCUUUGUAAAAGCAGAAACGUGUAAACAUGUGAAGCUGUAACCUCAGUCUAAAAUUCACUUCCCAGUUAAACUACCAAGCUCC